AUGGCUUUAAAGAUAUAUGCCAAUCUACACUGCAAGCUGCUACUUGGUUAUGCAAAAGGAGCUGACUAUUCUCCGGGUAUGCGGUUUACAGGAGCCGCAGUGGGUCAGCAUUCUUGGAAUGCCGUUUUGGUCGACGGUACUUGGCAUCUGAUCGAUUGUCAUUGGGCCGCUCGACGCUUGAUCGUAAAGAGAGCAAGUGUGGAGAACGUUCGAUACAUCCUCGAUACCUUCUACUUCCUCACAAACCCUAGCCAACUUAUUUACACCCACUUCCCCCAUGAUAAGGACUGGCAGUUGCUGCAUCACCCUAUUACCCUUGAGGCAAGAUUGUUUUUAUUCUACUUAUAUUGGCAUUUCAGUAGCUUCAUUAUUGAUUACAAAUGUGUCACAUUUAAAUAUUUCUUACCUUAA